AUGGCGGCGAAGGAGAUAGAUAAUUUGUGGAGAGAAGUGAGAGAGUUGAGCUUGGGAACUGAAAUCGAUCGACUUGAUUCUCCGCCGUCUCCGGUACAGUUUAUCAGAGACUAUGUUUCCCAGAGCAAGCCUUGCGUAAUCUCCAACGCAAUCGCUCAUUGGCCAGCGCUAAAACUCUGGUCGGAUCCGGUGUACCUCGCCGGAGCUCUGUCAAAUGAUCUUGUCUCGCUACAUCUCACUCCUAACGGCUGCGCCGACGCCGUCACUCCGAUCUACGACGGGAGCACCACCGGGGAUCUCUGUUUUGCUUCGGCUCACGUGGAGAAACUUCCGUUCCCGGAGGCUCUUCAGGCCGUUCGAUCGUCGUCUGAGGGGAAAAAUGUUGCGUAUUUACAGCAGCAAAAUGAUUGUUUCAGAACGGAGUAUUCAACGGUUGCUUCAGACUGCGACGGCGACAUCGCGUGGGCUACGGAGGCGCUAGGUUGUUCGCCGGAAGCUGUUAAUCUUUGGAUAGGCACUGAUCUCUCUGUGACUUCCUUUCACAAAGACCACUAUGAGAACCUAUACGCCGUCGUUUCAGGGGAGAAACAUUUCCUCCUCCUCCCUCCAACCGACGUACACCGCCUCUAUGUCCAGCAAUACCCAGCAGCCAAUUACUCUUACCACAGAGACAGUGAAGCGUUCAAGUUUGAGCUUGAACAACCCAUGAGGAGUGUGCCCUGGUGCAGUGUUGAUCCAUACCCUUCACCAGAGAAAGAAGCAAGCGAAAGAUCGAAAUUUCCGUUGUUCUUCAAUGGCCCGAAGCCGUUUCAUUGUACUGUCAAGGCUGGCGAGAUUCUUUACCUGCCAAGCAUGUGGUUUCACCAUGUUAGUCAAACCCCAGGAAAUGGUGGCUACACAGUUGCGGUGAACUAUUGGUAUGAUAUGCAGUUCGACAUUAAGUAUGCAUAUUUCAACUUCUUACAGUCUGUAUCAUAUGAAUCAUCUUCCCUCAUUUCAAAACUGUCUGGAAGAGAAGAUGAAAAUUCGGAAUCCAGUGAUGCUGAGGUAUGA